AUCACUGCCGUUCCUCCAACUCACUUUCACUCUCCCACAUCCUUAAAGUUCAGCUCCGAAAGCAUCAUGUCUGACGUGCAGAAGGCCAUGGCUCUCCUCAUCACUUCCUUCAGCAAAUACUCGGGCAAGGAGGGAGACAAGAACACUCUGAGUAAGGAGGAGCUGAAAGAGCUUCUGCAGAAUGAAUUUGGAGAUAUGCUGUGUAAAGCAAAUGACAAGGCAGCAGUCGACCGUAUCUUCAACGACCUGGACACAAACAAGAACAACAGCGUGGAUUUCAGUGAGUUUGUCAACCUGGUGUCCUGCCUCACUCAGAUGUGCCAUGAAUACUUCGUCAACAAAAAAUAGAAAUGCAGGCGCCACCUUGAGGCCAGCUAAGAGAGCUGCUUUUCCCCAGAAGAAAAGGCCACAAAUACACACAAUUAUCUUUGCUUAAAAAAUAAACUUUUUUGUCUCUGAAA